CCAACCAAACAGGGGGGAUAGGGAUAGGACCCGCCUACUAAAUUGUCUCCCCCACAGAAGCAUCUCUUAGCCACUAUGUGAGCCACAUUAUUCAAAGCCCGACGGACAAAGCGAAAAAGGACUUUUGAGAAACCAUGGCAGAGGUUCAGGAUAUCUUGCAUCACCAUGAAUAUAAAGAUCAUGCACCAAUAAAGCAAACCAAGACACAAUAAUGGAUGCUAUGGAUGCUGAAAAUUCAGGGCCAAGGUCCAAAGUUUCCCAUGUUGAGCAUGCUCCGAAUAACUUGACAAACAUAUCUAACCAGGUGGGGGAUAUAGUUGUUCUAAAAAGUGUCAUUAUGCCAACAAAAACAGUUGCAAUCGGAGUACUUAAAAGCACAGACCUAUUUGACUAUUGGGAGAUACAUGUUCAAGUGCCAGUCAAACCUAAUGAGAGCUUGAUCCGAUCAUAUGGACUUAUCAAAACAAUUGGACAAGCUUUUGGAGCUCAUGUUGCUUGGUCUGCUCCAUUUGUGAUUUCGCAAGUUAUGAAUGCUAGCCGAGAAUAUUUAUACAUGUGAAAUUUGUUUUGAUAAUUUGUCUCUCUGAAAGAUGGAUAUCACUAUGGCUUUUCAUAACUUAUGGUUGGAAUAAUUUUCUUUUAAUUUUUUUUUUGCUUUAAUUUUGUUAGUGUGGUAGAAUAUUUUAUAAUUUUGAUUAUGAUUUUUAU